AUGAAACGAUUGAAAUCGCCCGAGAGACUGGCCCAGGAAAAGUCUGGGCUCGUUUACAUUAUUUGUGCUCUAGCGGCACCAUUUUACUACGCUGAAAAACUGUGCACAAACACAGAUGGCCUCAAAAGCAAUGUGCAGUACUUUGACGCAGGUCGCGGCUGGGCCGAGGCUGCGAGGCACUGUCUCUUUACCGGAUUUGGAGACAUGGGCAUUGAGAGCAUAAUGACCGAGGUCCUGCUCCAUGAGUACUAUCUUCGGGUGGGAGAGUAUGCAAAGGGAUUUAUGGUGUCAGGACAGAUCACUCGACAUCUGCAAGUUGUCCAGCUUAAUAUGGAGCGGGACUCGGAUGUGUUGUGUCAAAGAAGCCCGGCUUCCUGUCACAUCAAAGAAAGUAGGAGAAGGCUAGCGUGGGCCUGCUAUCUGCUAGACUCGUUGAUUGAGUGUGGAAUCGACCAACUUCGUCUGAUUCCGUACGACGAUAUUCUGGUUCAGCUUCCUUGCUCUGAUGAACUCUUCAUCACAAAUACGCCUUGCAUUACGGAGAUGUUGUCUCGAGGCAAGCUGCUACCAGGAAUUAAUCCAGUGCCUGGAAUCGACUUUGCAGCACAUCUUGACCUUCGGGCUUACUACCUCCGUGCCACGAGUAUUCGAUCCAAACUCCUCAAAUAUGUGAAGCAUCUGGAAGGAGAGGUACCGUGGGUGGAAGGCAACAAUUCCCGAUUUUCCCAGCUCGACCACGAGCUAAAAGACCUGGAAGCCUCGAUUCCCGAGAAUAUGAGAAUUUCAGCCGAGAAUAUGUACCUGUGCAAAGGCUCCGGAAGGCUGAACUUGUACUUCGGUUUACACAUCCUGAUCUCCCAAAACUUCCACGACCUAUAUCGAGUUGGUGUUUCCAAUCUCGUCUUCCCCAACACUGCGACAAGCUGGAUCCGCGAAAACGCACCGGAAGACUUCAUCCGGCGUUGUCAUCAUGUAUGCGCCACCAAAUCCGCCUACAUCGCCUCUCUCCUGAGCGAUCUGUGGAACUGUCACAAACCAAGCCUCGUCGACUGGCCAUACGCAAUGCACACGCAAGUCUGCAGCAGUGUCAUAGUCACCACAAUCAUCUCAUGGGGUCGCCCUGAACCUCUCAUUCCGCAAUUCUCGUACCUCGACUACCAAGCCAUGCUUCAAAAGAACGUGAUUAUAUUGCAAUAUCUCCAGCGCUUCAUGAAAGUCAGCAUGUACUGCGAAUCAGCCAUUCAAGCCCUGAAACGCUUUAACGCGCUAUUCGUUCCUGAAUCGCCUGAUUUUGUCAACUCGUCGGCAAACGCCCUACUUUCUGGAAAUCAGUGCAACAGUUCCAACCCGUCUUCCCUUGAGUAUAUCCUGAAUCCUCUGGGUACAUACCCCAUGGCCCGGAAGCAGGCUCAGACCCAGGAUACAUCCACACCGGAUGAGACUGAGGAUGAUACGCCGACGCCGCAACUGCCCAAAGUGGAGGGCCCGAUGAUUGCACCAGCUCUCAAUCUAGAGAACUGUCCCAGUCCGGGUGGCAUAUUUUCGGGUCAUUUCUUCGACUGGGAGGCGGAUAUGUCUAUUUUGCCGGGAUUGGGUUAUCCCACGUUCCUCGAUCAGUUUCCCAUGGAGGCACCGAGGGAUUUGAAUUUGCUUUGA